AUGGCUUCAAGUGUUUCUGGGUCUGUAUUGGACGACGACUACCACUACCAGAGCUCCCACAUUUCAGAGUUGCCCCCAAACAUUCCUGAGGUGACGAUUCCAGAGGACACCAUUGUGAACAUUGCCCGGUCGCUGAGAUAUGAGAUCAACAGGGGCUUCUUUACUUUGAAGGAGAUCGGCCAGGGUCGUGAUCUGAAGAAAUUCCUCAUUGUGGUUGCGGGUCUCUGGGUUCUUUCUGUUCUUGGGAGCUCUUGCAACUUCUUGACAUUGGCAUAUAUAGUCUUCGUGGUGCUCUACACGGUGCCAGUUCUGUAUGAGAAGUACGAUGACAAGGUUGAUGCUUUCGGUGAGAAGGCCAUGAUCGAACUGAAGAAGUACUAUGCCAUCGUCGACGAGAAGUACCUCUCCAAGAUCCCCAAGGGUCCUCUGAAGAACAAGAAGCAAUAGAUCAUGCCCUGCAGCAACUCGCCAUCUCUGUUAAUCUCAAACUUGUCACCUCCCAUUUUGAAGGAUGGUUCUGUGUUAUUGUGCCUGUCUCUAGUUAAUACUUGGUACGUAGUACAUAUAGCUUUUGGUGUGCUGAUCUUUUUGUGAUGUGGAGUCAUGCCAGCUGAAAACUGUUGAUUUUUAUUUUUGUUUCUUUUUCAACUUUCAGCAUGGCUACUCUUAUCUGGGAGCCACAAAUAUUAUGGCAUUGUCAAUUUAUCA